AAAAAAAAAUAAGUUCAUCCCGCUCAAUCGAUCUUUCUCUUUAUAUCAAUGUACAAUUUCAUCCCUAUAUAUACACAUAUCCAUAUGUAUGGUGACAGUCUAAUGAAGUAUGUGCGUGUUGAAGAUGUGGAGAGAAUGAACUGAAUAUGUAUGUGUGUAUGUAUGGUAUAUAAACAUAUUAAAAAUUAGAUGUGAAACACGCGUAUGCCACGUUAAGGAAAUAGGAACACAGAAGAGAGGAGAAGAAGAAGAAGAAAAAAAAAGAACACAACAAAAGGUAUAUAGACAUUCCUGUGCGUGUUCGCGCACAUUGACAUGAUGGUUUUUAUUUCAUUAAAAUGAAAGGAAGCAAAGAAUACGUACGCAUUUAUUUUCUUUAUUCUAAGGUUUUUUGUAUUUUUAUUAUUUUUUUAUUUUCUAGUCUCUGAUGCUUAUAUGCAGAUAUAUUUAUUUUCAUUCUAGUAGUUGACAAUAAUGUAAUUCAAGAUAAUGCAAAUAAUAAUAUUGAUAAGAAUGAAAUGACAUGCGAGCAUAUUAAUGAUGAUAAAAAUUUUCCAAUCAAUAAUUCGACAAUGAUGUGUAUUAAUGAUCAAACACAAUUAUUAUCACCUCCUUAUUUCAUAGAACAUGCUGAACGAACAGUAUCAUCAAGUUCAUCAGAACAAUUAAUACCAAAAGAAAAACAAACUGGAAUGUAUUAUCCUGCAUUUGGUAGUACAGCUGCAAUACAUUUAGCAGAAAAAUAUAAUUGCGAAUGGUUAGAAAGUAUUACAUCACCAACAAAUACAUUUCGUAGAUCAUUGACAACUGUUGACAAUGAAAACAAAUCUGAUUCACGUAUUUUUCGUCAACAUCAAACAUUAUUAGGUGAUGAUGAUGAAUUUUAUUUAUCACUUCAAACACUUCAACCAUCACACUCAUGUCCAAAUUUAAAUCAUUCUUUUAUAAGAGAAUCAUUACGUGAACGUUCAUAUUCUUUAACAACACUUGAUGCUUAUGCACGUUUAGAUAUAACACGUGAUACUCUUGAACAAAUGUGGCUUUCAUUACUUGAUCUUGCCUUUAGUGAUAAAGAUGAUAUUGAAUUAGGUGAAUAUAAAUUACGUCAUAUUAUAGGUUUAUCAAAUUCAUAUACAAAUAUAAAUGAUACAUUAAUUGAAAAAUCACGAAGUCAUGGAGAUAUAUUUUCUACGACAAAUAAAAAUCAAAAAUUAACAGCUAAUAAAUCGAAAUCAUUUGAUGUAACAUCAUUAACAAAACCAAUAAAAUCAACAAAUG